GGUGAUGGAGGGAGGAGGAGGAGGAGGAGGAAGAGGAGGGCUGAUGUGUGCUGAUCAGGAGCAGGUCUGAUGAUGAUGGUGAUGAUGAUGAUGAUGGUGAUGAUGAUGAUGAUGCUGUGAGUCAGAGAGCGGAGGGUUCAGGAUGCUCACAGCCGCUCGGAGUAGACAAACCCCGCACACAGACUGAGAGGAUCCGCGGAGACACGCAUACAGGUGAUUUAUCCAGAGUAGCAGCUGGACUCCAACUCCCAGAAUGCCCGAGCAGAGUAAUGACUACCGGGUGGUGGUGUUUGGAGCUGGUGGGGUGGGGAAGAGCUCGCUGGUCCUUCGAUUUGUUAAAGGCACCUUUAGAGAUACCUACAUCCCCACAGUAGAGGACACAUACAGACAGGUGAUCAGCUGUGAUAAGAGUGUCUGCACGCUGCAGAUCACUGACACAACAGGAAGUCACCAGUUUCCCGCCAUGCAGCGCCUGUCCAUCUCCAAAGGUCACGCCUUCAUCCUAGUCUAUUCCAUCACCAGCCGUCAAUCACUGGAGGAGCUCAAACCCAUCUACCAACAGGUUCUAGCCAUCAAGGGCAGUGUGGAGUCCAUUCCCAUCAUGCUUGUGGGCAACAAGAGCGAUGAAACAGCCCAGCGCGAGGUGGAGACGAAGGAGGGCGAGGCUCAGGCUGCAGCCUGGAAGUGUGCCUUCAUGGAAACGUCGGCCAAGAUGAACUCCAAUGUGAAGGAACUGUUCCAGGAGCUGCUGGCCCUGGAGAAGAAGAGGGACAUGAGCCUGAGCAUCGACGGCAAACGGUCAGGGAAACAGAAGCGGGCCGACAAGCUGAAGGGGAAGUGCAGCAUCAUGUAGAGGACUCGCUGUAGAGGUGUGGAAACCACAGAGGAGGAGGCAGGAGGAGGGAGGGAGGGGGACUCUGCUGAUGAGUCCCAUAGAGACUCCCCCUCCUAUCUCACCCCGACUCUCAAUCACAAGGACAGGUCUUCUUUGUCUUCGUUGGCUUUCCUCCUUUGUCUGUAUGAACACUGAAGCCCAGAGGAACAAAAUGAGAUUUGACUGAUAAUGGAAAUAUUUAUACCAGGGCCCCGGGGUCCAUGUGGCCCUGAACUGGAUUGUGUUUGAGGCCCCAAAAUACUGUUUUACAUGUUCAGCUACUUCCACCGUUAACAAUCAUUCCACCGAUACUGUAAUAAAGGAAUACUCCACUGAUCUUAUUGUGAAUGUUGGGCUCAUCCUGAAUGUAACCCUCAUUUAGAUAACCAAAGGUCAGUCAAUAAACAAUGUGUUCACCAGUGUUUACACUAAGGCCCACUCCUGCAGGACUGAAGACCCCCCUGGAUAUAAUGCAGUGCAGCGACUACACUCUCUUCCUGCAUUGUGAAUCUACCUGCAUGACAUGACAUGAAACCCAGAACCAAAACAAGCCCAAAGCUUUACACAACUGUGACGACCAUCUCUGAGCCUGCCCCCCCUGCAGGAGUCUGACGGGCAAAGUUUGGCUGUUCUGGAGAUUCAGCUCACCUGGUCUGGCUGCACUAUAUCCUCAGGUGGCAGUAGGCCAGUUUCCUUCUCCCACCUGGACUUCACUCCAUUUGGUUUUGUUGUAUUUUAUUUUUCUGUGUUAUUCAGUAACAAACUGAUACUGACACAACACCUUGAUGCUUUGUUAAAACCUGCUGGGUUCAAGUCUGGUAUCAGAACUGUAGAUGAGACCGACCUCCAACAAAAUUAAAUAAAUAGCUACACAGUUCAA